AGUUGUUAGACACUACUAGUAUUGAUUCAUUCCUGACAGGCUGCCGUGUCUCACCGUUCUCUCAGCUUUAUACACCUUGACUACUCGCCCCGCUAAGCCAUGGCUGUCCACCACAAGGAGUUUGAACAGGCGGGAAAGAAAACAGGCCUGCAGAUCUGGAGGAUUGAGAAUAUGGAGCUUGCUCCAGUGCCAGAAAGCUUGCAUGGGAGCUUCUAUGUAGGUGAUGCCUACUUAGUCCUUCGCACAGUCAAUCAGAAAAAUGCCUGCUUCUAUGAUCUGCACUUCUGGCUGGGUAAGGAGUGCACUCAAGAUGAAAGCACAGCUGCAGCCAUAUUUACUGUACAGCUGGAUGAUUACCUCGGGGGCAAGCCGGUUCAGUACCGUGAACUCCAGGGUUGUGAAUCCACUGCCUUCACCAGCUACUUUAAAGGAGGGAUCACAUACAAAGCUGGAGGUGUGGCAUCAGGGUUCCAGCACGUCGUCACCAAUGACCUCAGCGCCAAGCGGCUCUUCCACAUCAAGGGUCGGCGUGUGGUCAGGGCCACAGAAGUGCCUUUGGACUGGGCGAGCUUCAACAAGGGCGACUGUUUCAUAGUAGACCUGGGUGCAACGAUCUACCAGUGGUGUGGCUCCAUGUGCAACAAGUUUGAGCGGCUGAAGGCAGCCCAGGUUGCUACAGGCAUUCGUGAUAAUGAACGCAAUGGCAGAGCUCAGCUUGUAAUUGUAGAAGAAGGACAUGAACCCAACAAGCUGAUCGAGGUUCUGGGUUCCAAGCCAGACCUUGCAGAUGGCGAUGAUAACGAUGACAUUGCAGCUGAUAUCUCGAACAGAAAAAUGGCAAAACUUUACAUGGUAUCUGAUGCCAGUGGAAAAAUGCAAGUGACGCUUGUAUCGGAAGAGAAUCCUUUCUCGCAGAGCCAUCUGUUGACUGACGAGUGCUUCAUUCUGGAUCAUGGCAAAAGCAAGAUGAUCUUUGUGUGGAAGGGCCGCAACGCAAACCCCAGUGAAAGAAAAGAGGCUAUGAAAACGGCCGAGGGCUUCAUCAAACAGAUGGGUUAUCCUGCAAACACACAGAUCCAGGUGUUUCCAGAAGGCGGAGAGACUCCCAUCUUCAAGCAGUUCUUUAAGGACUGGAAAGAGAAGGACCAGAGUGAAGGUCUGGGCCGAGUAUACGUCACAGAGCAGAUUGCUAGGAUCAAACAAGUGCCGUUUGAUGCUUCUAAACUUCACGAAUCUCAACAAAUGGCGGCCCAGUACAACAUGGUGGAUGAUGGCACUGGAGAAACCCAGAUUUGGAGGGUGGAGACUGGUAAUAAACAAGAGACCAAAGUCCCUAUUGAUACAGAGACAUAUGGCCAGUUCUAUGGCGGAGACUGUUAUAUCAUUUUAUACACCUACACAAAAGGACAAAUCAUCUACACCUGGCAGGGCUCCAGCAGUACAAUAGAUGAGUUGACUGCUUCAGCCUUUCUUACUGUGGAAUUGGACAAGUCAUUAGGAGGAAAUGCAGUCCAGGUCCGGGUGACCCAGGGGAAGGAGCCAGCACAUUUGCUGAGUCUGUUCAAAGCCAAGCCUCUGGUUGUGUAUAAAAACGGGACAUCCAGGAAAGGAGGGCAGGAACCUCCACCGCCGACCCGGCUAUUUCAAGUGCGCAGAAACCUGGGGACCAUCACACGCAUAUCUGAGGUUGAUGCCAUAGCAGCUAGUUUGAACUCCAAUGAUGCCUACCUAUUAAAGGUGCCUCAGGGAAAUGGGUAUCUGUGGGUAGGGAAGGGGGCAAGUCAAGAAGAGGAACAUGGAGCUGAAUACAUGAGUAAGCUUCUGCAGUGCCGCCCUCAACGCAUUACAGAAGGAAAGGAGCCAGGAGGAUUCUGGGAAGCUUUGGGUGGACAAACCUCGUACCAAACAUCAGAGAGGCUCGAGAGCAAAAGCACUGUGCGGCCUCCUCGUCUGUUUGCCUGCUCCAACAAAACAGGAAGAUUUAUCAUUGAAGAAGUACCUGGUGAGUUCACCCAGGAUGACCUGGCAGAGGAUGAUGUCAUGCUACUGGAUGUCUGGGAUCAGGUGUUUAUCUGGAUUGGAGCUGAUGCCAAUGAAGUGGAAAGAACAGAGUCAGUAAAAUCGGCCAAGGCGUAUAUUGACACAGACCCAUCCGGAAGGGAUAAGGGGACGCCCAUAGUCAUAGUGAAACAGGGCCAUGAGCCCCCUACAUUCACCGGCUGGUUCCUGGCAUGGGACUUCUCCAAGUGGGAGGCUGGGAGCACACAAUGAAGACACUGUAAUGUCAUUUUAUGAAAUUUUACUAAUGCUCAGGGGGACUUUAACGGCUGUGGCUAAAUCUAAGUGAAGGCAUGCUUUGCUUAAAAAAAAAAAAAAAAAAAUAUAUAUAUAUAUAUAUAUAUAUAUAUAUAUAUAUAUAUAUAUAUAACACAGCAAACUUGCCUGCAUGUCAUAAAGCACGUCAUCAUGGGUUACCUUUUAUUGUCACUGGAGUGCUGUACAUGUUAUAUACCUAUAUGCUCUAUCAUUUUAUAGACUGAUAUUUAUCUAUCAUGCAUUUUUUUUUUCGAAUUCAAAAUUUUAUGUCACAUACACAGCCAUACACAUUAUGCUAUGCAGUAAAAUGCCUAUUCGUGAUUCAAGAUUCAAAUAACUUUAUUAAUCCCAGAUGGAAACUGCUUUGUCUUGGUUACAGUUAUUUGAACUAUUGUAUUACUUUACCUGCAAAGGUGCAUGUAGUAAAUGAUAACUUUUAGCCAGGUUUUAAAAAUUAAAGGCAAUACAUGGGUUAUUGGGUUGGAACUUUGUAUUGUAAAUAAUUAUCAAGGUAAUUAUUAUUAUUUUUUUUUACCAAAUUAAACACAUAAUAAAGGUGAACAUUAUGUACUCCAUGUCAUUGUUUUUUUUUUUAUGAUCGUGGCCUUCAGCCAUUUUAUUGUACUUGCAUGCACAGCCUUCUCUGUAUUGCCUGUGUUUAGCUCUUUUUUUGUAAUGCAAUUUUUUUGCUAUAAAAAGAAUAAAAAUGAUCAUGUCACAGCC